AUUUGAAUUUAUUGUCGCUGGCUACCUACAAGCAGUUUGUGAGUUGCUAACCCGCAGACAUUAAUGGACUACACUGGGUUUUUUGAAAAAGCAUUGUAGAAAUAUUGCAAAUUUACUGGAAUUAUCGCGUCUCCUUUAGAUGAAACUGACCUAGGUCACAAAGACCGCGAAGUUAGUUAACGGUUAACUUGUGGACACUAGCAACCUGGCAGCUAAUGUUAGCUUCCUCACUAGUUGGCACGUUAUUGAACGUGACUGGUGACUAACCUUUAACACUGACAUUACGUUUAGUAACGUUAAACUGCAAAGAAGAGUGGUUAAUCAAGACUCUUGGUAUUGUUUAUUAUAAUACUUGUUGUGAAUGGUUACUCAUAAACAUUAAACAGUGUGACGUUACUUAACGUUUGCACAAAUUGUGCUUGCGUCACAUAAUCGAGGUUGACCAGGUGGUGUGGGGCUCAAAUCAAAUCUGAGAAGUUUUGGAAACUGAUCAUUGCUGGAAAGGAUAACGGCAACAAAACGUUAACUAUUUCGUUAGUGGUAAGUUGCAGAGCUAGCUUUAUGAACUCCGUAUUAACCUUGCAUUAACGCUACCCCUCUAUAAUCUGCGCCGACUGUGAGCAGUCCCAUUCUUUAUAAGGACUUUGCAUCAGCCUGAUUAGUGCUGGUGAUCUGCUAAAUCAUUAGACAUGUCAUCAUUUUCCGAAUCUGCCUUGGAGAAGAAGUUAUCGGAGCUCAGUAACUCCCAACAGAGUGUCCAGACCCUGUCACUGUGGAUAAUUCACCAUCGCAAGCAUUCUUCUCUCAUCGUACGAGUAUGGCACAGAGAAAUGAAGAAAGCCAAAAGCAACAGAAAGCUGACAUUUCUUUACCUUGCAAAUGAUGUGAUCCAGAACAGUAAGAAGAAAGGUCCUGAGUUUACUCGAGAUUUUGAGGGUGUUCUUGUAGAUGCCUGCUCUCAUGUUGCAAGGGAGGCAGAUGACGGCUGUAAAAGACCCAUGGAGAGGCUUCUAACUAUCUGGCAGGAACGCAGCUUGUACCGUGCUGACUUCAUCCAGCAGUUAAAGCUGGCCAUUGAGGACUCAAACAGCCCAAAGCAAAAACCAGCAGAGGACAAAAAGGCCACUAAAAGAGCCUUCCAAAAGAUCCAGGAGGAGGAGGAAGAGGAGGAGGAUGACUACAGAGCACAUUAUUCUCCAAAGGAUGCAGAUGGCAGUGGACCACAACUGACAGAGGAGUUAGUGAAAGCCCUCCAGGAUUUGGAGAAUGCUGCUUCUGGGGAUGCUGCUGUGAGGCAAAAGAUUGCCUCUCUACCACAGGAGGUCCAAGAUGUGUCACUACUAGAGAAGAUCACUGAUAAGGAGGCAGCAGAUAGGUUAUCCAAGACAGUAGAUGAGGCAUGUCUACUACUGGCAGAGUACAAUGGACGGUUAGCGGCAGAACUGGAGGACAGACGGCAGCUAGCUCGCAUGCUCACGGAGUACAUUCACAGCCAGAAGGAGGCCCUCACUGAACGUGAAAAGAAACUAGAGGAGUACAAGCAGAAACUGGCCCGAGUAACUCAGGUUCGGAAGGAGCUGAAGUCUCACAUCCAGAGCCUGCCUGAUCUUUCUCUGCUGCCGAAUGUCACCGGAGGUCUGGCUCCUCUGCCUUCAGCAGGAGACCUGUUCUCUACAGACUGAUCCCUGGGUUCUUGGAUGGCUUGAUAAAGGAGUUGACCAGUUUCACUUACCCUCUGAUAUCCAUUGGAAGGCAUUCAAAAUGUCGCUAAUCGUGUUGCAGCAACUGAACGCCAUCAGCAGAGAUAUUUGGAAGUUGAAAGGACGAAGUCUGUAGCUACAUUGAAAACAGUAAAGCAGUCUUGUCUAGUUUUGUGCGGAAAAGUGGAAUACAGUUAUAUAUGGACUGCAAAUUUUUUAGUGCUUUAGGAAACAAUCAACACAGAGAAAUGAAUUGUGUUAUUACUGUUGCUAAUAUCACUUUUCGGUCAUUCAAAUUAAGUAGAUCAACAUCAAACUAGUGACUGAUAUUUUGGUUGUGCUGUACUUCAGGAUAAACAUCCUGCUACUGGUCAUGCAGCAUAAAGCAACUUUCUUCAUUGUUGAAUGUGAAAACAUUGGACUGUAAAAGCCAUCUGUCACGUCAUUGUUCAACUCAUUCACCUUUCCAGCAUUUCAUGGUUGUUACAGCAUUUGGAAGUAUUAUUCGGCUUCUGGUUUUUAUUUAAUUUUUUUUAAUGGCAAUAAAAUGUUUGUGACGUUGCCCAAGCUUGAGAGGUCUUCCUGAAAAUCAUUGAGUCAGAUGGUGCAUUCUGAUCUUUUACAUUGUGGCAGUGAAAGUACACAAUAUUAGCCUAAUUUAUCCAUCAAAGCAUUGAACCUUUGGUGUAUAUAUAUGUCUUAAUUUCUAUGCUGCAAUAUAUAUGGGAUUAUGUCUGUUGCUAUCAGUAACCAUAUAAAGUUUAAUAAAGAGGGUAUUUUGGUAAAAGUUUA